GGAAGAGGUUAGUUUUUGGCAAAGGUAAGAUUUCGUUAAAAAGCUUCAAAAUUAUUAGUGACAAUUUAAAAUUAAAAAAAACGGGCGAAAUAAUGUCGAAAAAUUCGUUAAAUAUCGCGACUCCGCGUAGAAAUGUGCACGCAACCAGUGAAUUUCCUCAAAAAAGGUUUUUUUUAAGCGAACGGAAGCUCGCUGUGUUCGGAUUAAUUGUAUCCGUAAUAAUUGUGGGUGCUAAAGUUUGUCAUUUGCACCGGGACCACUUAAAGGAGUUUUUUUACACAACCGAAUUGAAAACGGAAAAUGUGACUGAAAAUGGUGAAGCUAUGAUACGAUAUUUUUGGAGGGAAAGUAUUAAAUACAGUUCGAUUUGGUUGCCGAUACUUUGUGGGUUACUUACUACAUAUUUCACUGGGAUUAUUGUAUUUUUGGAUUCUGAUGUUCCGGGUGUACAACCUCCAAGUCCUUUUUCACCAUCCAAAUACAGAAAAGCUUCUGGACAUACUUUUCAUUCAAACUACGCAUUUGCGCUUUUAAUUGGGAUCACCGUUACUUGUUAUAUGUAUUGGAGACAAUUUAAUUGGAUAUAAAAUAUUAUCCACAUUUUACGUUACUUAAAAAAAUUUUUGAUAGUUUUAUUUAU